AUGGCCCCAACCAAGCCCACUGACGAUCCAGCCAAGGACAAAAAACCCUUACCAAACAAGCCAGAAACAAAACUGCCACCAAUCCCCCAUGGCUCACGCAUCCACAAACGCCCCCUCCCGGGCCCUCCCCCCUCCGCCCACCCACGCAUCACACCCAACAGCACCCGCCGCGCCGCCUCCCCGGCCACUGUCGAAGCCCGCAUGGCCACCGCCGACCCGGACGGAUACAUCCCGUCGCCGCGCGCCGCCCACACCGUCGUCAUCAAGGUCGCGUCCGGCGCCUCCUUCAUGAGCCUGGUGCGCCGCGCAAGGAAGGCGCUCGAGAAGGCGCCGGGGAGGCAGAAUACGACGGGCUUGCCGCUUGCGGCGAGGGUGGCGGCGCUGAGGGUGGGGGGGAGUAAUAGUGGUGGUGGUGGUGUGGGGAGUGGUGGGACAGGUCGGGUGUUUUCGGAUGCGUUGGAUGAUGUGGUGUUUGUUGCGACGGGCAAGGCGAUUGCGAAGGCGGUGGAGGUGGCGGGGCUGUUUACACGGGAGAAGGACUUGCGCGUGUUAAUGAGGACGAGGAGCUUGAAGGCGGUGGAUGAUGUGGUGGCGGAGGAUGAGGAGGGCGAUUUGGAGGACGAGGUGCGCGUGAGGUAUCUCAGUUGCCUGGAGGUGGGGAUCCGGUGGGCGUCAUGA